AUGGAGGGUUUUUCCUUGGCUAUUCAACGAAGCGACCUCACGAUUGUUGUGGAGAUGGAUUCUAUGCAGGCCGUGUCCAUGAUCUCAUGUGUGGGCGUCGAUCGCUCUAUGUAUGCUCCUAUUGUGCAGGAGAUUAAAUACCUGAUGGGUCUAAGACAAAGUUGCAUUGUUCAUAUAUCUAGAACCCCGAAUAAAGCUAGUCAUUGCUUAGCUGUUUUUGCUAGAGAUCAAGGUAGGACCAUGACCUGGCUAAGGGCGGGUCCGGUUUCGAUGUUGGAGAUAGUUGCUGAUGAUUGUAAGGACAUUUUGAUUGAGUAA